AUGGCACAUUCAACUAAACCAUCCACCUCUCGAACACCCACUGUUCCCACACUUUCUCUAUCCCCAAAAACGAACUUGGAGAAGAAGACGCAUCAUGCACGCCGCAAGUCAGGAAAGGAAAAUGCUGUGGUAGCAGAAAAGAGAAGUUCACACAGGAAGACAGCACCACAAAUUAUUACGAAGGGUGGCAGAAGUAAGGAGAGAGAAGGUCAAUACGUGGAGAAGGAUAACGGAGAGAGUUUUCCACAGUUCUGUAUGACUUGCGAGAAGCAAUUUACACCAGCAAACAAUACUUUUCUCUAUUGUUCCGACCAAUGCCGUCUUCAUGAUCAUGCUCCUACAUAUACCUCUCGAUCGAACCUAUAUGCAACAGCCCCAAAUUCUCCACCAUUGACCCCGUUCAUGUCAAGCGGAACAUUAUACUCCCCAGAAGAACCUCGAGACAUUGUCCCUCGAUUUUCUCCCACCCAAUCUCGACCACGAUCAUACUUCAACUCAUCACCAUAUCCCACCGAUUUCUCCACCUCUUACCAAACCGCAUCCGCAUCUCUCCCAGCAUCUCACUUCUACACCUCAUCACAAGCCGAUACACAUUCAUCGAGUGCCUUACAGAGUUUAAGAGGAUUAGCCACAGCCCUCCCUAGAAUACAUCACCCGCAAGAACCAGAAUCUCCACCAACCACCGCACUGGCGAGGACUUCCUCUCAAGUCUGGAAUUACAUGCCUUUUACAAGCAAAACCACAACACCCACACCCCUCUCCACGCCAGGAAACUCAUACUCCAACAGUGGCACUAGCUAUUCCGCCCGUCGCAGUCGAGAAGAUUUAUAUUCUUUCGGCAACGGUCAAAUAUAUAUCAGCAGCGGUGGCAUGGAUCGUCCAUUACCACCUAGAAGUGGACCUGGUGGCUAUGCACAUCGACCUAGGAGUAUUGAUCUAGUCACACCACAUACACCUGGUAUUUGA